AUGUCCGAGCAGCAACCUCAACCUCAGCAAGCUCUUUCGUUCCCCCGCAGCCUCCAACCUGGAGCUGGAGAGUCGAGCCAGUCUGGUCAGCCGUACAAAGCGUUCGGCCAGCAGUACCAGUACGCUGAGACGUGGUCGAACCCGCUCCCAGAGAUUGCCUUCGGCGGUGGUGGCCAUGGCGGCGAGACCAGCCAGGGACCUGUCGCAGCUUCACAGGCUGACGGCGGAGCGGAUUCGGAGGUAGAGCACGCGGAGCGACGGGGUGUGAACGAGGCAUCGGCCUUGCCCCCCGACCUGGCGAGAACCAGCUAUUCCGGCUCCCUCUUCCGCGGAACCGAGGUAACUUGGGUCCCGCCUACCCCAGACCCGUGGUACAAGAGAGUCCCCAAGAUGUAUUGGCUCUACGGUGCUAUCAUCACCGUGGGAACUAUUGGCGUUAUUCUCGCGAUUCUCGGAGGCAUGGGCAUGCUGAGCGCACAAAACUCUACUAUGGCGGCCUGGGCGACGCCUGCAGUGCUAACGUCCACAAGUUCGGCUGCCGUACCUCCCGCUAGCACCACAACGGCGAGCGGAACGUCAACGUCGUCAUCUGCUGCUCCAUCGUCGACAACGACUAGAGCAGCUCCCACGGGAGUCCCGCAGUCGUGCACCAACACGUCGUCCUUCAUCGACAACAUCCGGUUCAUCAGCGGCGACUACCAAAACUACAACACCAGUUUCGGCAAGGCGGACUCGGCCGAGGGCUGCUGCAGCCUCUGCUACGCCGGCACGCAGGGCUGCGUCGGCUGGCUCUACGAAGACAAGAAUCCGUUUACGCCCUGCUCCCUAGCCAUUAUUAGCGGCAGCGAGCCGGGCCCAGACGCCAAGUGCCCUCACGGGUACGCCGCGCAGACGAUAUUCUCUUCAAAUGGAAUGGGAGACCCCGGCGUGGCUGGGAUGGGGCCGUGCAGCAAGAGCCAGCAGGUCAAUGAGAGAGCCUGA